CGGAGCAAACAAGAUCUCAAGAGAAACCGAGGGCAGUGGGUGAGGAAGUGUCGCGGUGCAGUCCCGGGGGGCCAAGCUGGGGGUCGGACAGUGAAUCUCCGUGGUGCUGCUGUGUUAGAGUUGCACAAGCUACAGCGUGACCCCUGACACUGAACAAUGGGGAGACCCAGGAAAAACCCUGACAGCACAGCCUCACCUCGUCAAGCUGCAACUGUGCCCAAAGUCACCCCAGCAGCACCCCGUUCCUCUGCCUCCUCUACCCAGGCCAAGACAACACCCACAGCCAGCCGACCUACGAGCACUCAGGCUGCUGGGAGUUCAGGCACCAGCAGGGCACAGACAGACAAGCCAACCAGCAGCACCACUGCCAGAAGAGCCGGGCAAAGCUCUUCCCAAUCAAGGGCCACUGCAGCACAUGGCAGUGAUCAAGGAGACACCAAGAUAAGCUACAGAGUGACAGCUAAGAACCUCACAGUAACUAGUGGAGGGAAACCUUGCUCCACAACACCUAAAGUACCUGCCGGUGCCGACCCCUGCCUGGGAGGGAGUCAAUCCAGCCGCUCUCGGGCCAAUACCACUGACCAGGGCAAAGCAAGCAAAUUUCCCUCCCUGCUGACAAGAGAAGAUGUGGUGAAAGUGGAGAGGGAAACCCGGGGCCAGAGGGACAAUCCCAAGUGGUAUGAGUGGCGGAAAAACCGCAUCACGGCCUCAGUUGCACCCAGGAUCGCUAACAGCAAGUUUGUCAAUGGCAGGAGCUCAGAGGUGCCCCAGUCUUAUCUCAAGGCUGUGGUGAGCUCCGGGUCCAAAAUGCAGACACCAGCCAUGUCCUGGGGCAUCCGAAAUGAGAAAAAGGCAGUGCAGGCAUAUGAGCAGCUCCAGUCCAGGAGGACAGGUAGACCUGUGAAGGUGGAGGAGUGUGGCCUCUUCAUUCACCCAGGGAAGGAGUGGCUCGCAGCCAGCCCAGAUGGAAUUGUCAGAGAAGCAGAUACAGGGAAGCUACUGGGGCUACUGGAGGUCAAGUGUCCCUAUAAGCACAGAGACAAGACAGUGAAAGAGGCCUGUAAGGACACAGCCUUCUGCCUGGAAGUGGAUGGUGAGCUCUACUCCUUGAAGAGAAACCAUCCCUACUACACUCAGGUGCAGUGCCAGCUGGCAACAACGGGCUUCGACAGGGCUGACUUUGUGGUUCACACCAACAAAGAUACAGUCAUCGCCUCAGUGGACUUUGAUGCAGGGUUCUGGGAGAGAACUGAGCCCAAGCUGGAGAAGUUCUACAUUGAGGCUGUGAUUCCCCACCUGGAGGAGAAGAGAGGCAACUCAGUUUGGGUUAAGGAAGAAUAAUGUAAUUGGGACAUCUGGCCACUACCCCACCAGGGUGCUUCUGUCUUCACCAGAUGCCAUUAUAGAUUAAUGGACUAUUUCUGAUUCUGCCACAGCAGAACUAUGGGAUCUGGAAUAUGAUACCUGCUGAGUCCUGGUCUAUGUUUUAAAAAUUAGUGCUAACUAGUUACAUUUGUUCCCUAAAUGCUUUAGUUAUGUCUACCUAAUCUCCAGUGUAGACAUGGCUAGGUCUUCUAAUGAACUAGUUCCUACACUGAGCAGUAACUAUCUCCAGUACAGCUGCAGCACUGCUGCGGUAGUGGCUGUAAUGUAGAUAUUGCUUGA